AUAAAACCUAUUAUCCUAAUAUUUAUUAUGCUGACUAUCUUCAUGGGAACUAUAUUAACAAUAAUCAGUUCCCACUGACUCCUAAUAUGGGUAGGAUUGGAAAUUAACAUGCUAGCUAUCAUUCCCAUUCUCAUGAAAAAAAUCAGCCCUCGAUCCACAGAAGCCGCCACCAAAUAUUUCCUAACACAAGCAACAGCCUCCAUACUACUUAUAUUCUCCAUCGUAAUUAAUACCGCAAACUCUGGUCAAUGAGGCAUCACUAAUAUACAUAACCAAUUGACUUCCCUUGUAACUAUAGCAGCACUAAUAAUAAAAUUAGGAAUAACCCCUUUCCACUUCUGAGUCCCCGAAGUCACUCAAGGAAUUUCACUAAUAUCAGGCAUACUUCUCCUAACAUGACAAAAACUAGCUCCUAUUUCCAUUUUACUUCAGAUUUUCCCAUCCAUAAACCCCAAUAUCAUCCUUCUGAUCGCCAUUCUAUCAAUUCUAGUAGGUGGUUGAGGAGGACUUAACCAAACUCAACUACGAAAAAUCCUAGCCUACUCAUCUAUCGCCCAUAUAGGCUGAAUAAUAGCUAUCCUUAUAUAUUGUCCCUCAUUAACAAUACUAAACUUACUAAUUUACCUAAUACUAACUAUUACUCUAUUCUCAGUACUAAACAUUAACACCAACACCACAACACUAACCUUAUCAAACACAUGAAAUAAAACUCCAAUAAUUACCCUCACAAUUCUCAUUUCAUUGCUAUCCUUAGGAGGAUUACCUCCACUUACAGGCUUUCUACCCAAAUGAACCAUUAUUCAAGAACUUACAAAAAAUAGUAACAUUAUACUAGCUACAAUUAUAGCCAUUAUAGCCCUACUAAAUCUAUACUUCUACAUACGAUUAAUUUACUCCACCUCAUUAACUAUAUUCCCAACACUUAAUAAUAUAAAAAUAAAAUGACAAUUCCAACAAACAAAACAAAUUUUCCUUUUAUCACCAUUAGUCAUCCUGGCUACCCUCACCCUACCUCUAUCACCAGCCCUACUAACCCUAAACU